UCCUCCACCGUGCGCCCACACCCAACCUGCACUGUCUGUCUGCCGUACAGAGGGAGCGCAGCCCCGCAGUGUAUGCAGGACAUUGUUUCCACAGUGCGGCUGAUUCACACACAGGGUCUCCGCGGCUUCGACAUAACCGGGCUGUCUCUCCGGACCCUCCCUCCGAGUCAACACCUCCCCUCAUUCACUGCGCUGGGUGGCACUGAGGCUUGUGCGCUCUGCGGCUGCUGGCAUCAUCCAUGUACUGUCAAUGUGGAUAGUGGCUUAUUUACUGUGCAUCAUCUGACUGGAGAAGACAUCCGACUGGUACCAUGAGCAGCACUGUGUUUCAGCAGCAGGCUGUCCACAGCCCUCUGGAGCAGCAGAAGCAGAAGUCCAAGCAGGGAGGAGGCGGAGGACCCAUCCCCUGUCAGAACUGCGGGAAGCCCUGCAAAGGGGAGGCGCUCCGUGUCCAGAACAAACACUUCCACAUCAAGUGCUUCGUCUGUAAAGUGUGUGGAUGUGAACUGGCCCAGGGGGGCUUCUUUGUGCGACAGGGUGAAUACAUCUGUACCCUGGACUACCAGCGACUGUACGGGACUCGAUGCUUCAGCUGCCAAGACUUCAUUGAAGGGGAGGUGGUGUCCGCACUGGGCAAGACCUACCACCCACGCUGCUUUGUCUGCGCCUCCUGCAAACAGCCAUUCCCGGCUGGCGACCGAGUGACAUUUAACGGGAAGGAGUGCAUCUGCCAAAAGUGCACCCAGCCUCUCCCUGCCAACAGCCCUGCACCCAUACAGGCUGUCCACAACUGCUGUGGCUGUGGGAAGGAGUUUAAGAAUGAACAGUCUCUGGUAGCUUUGGACAAGCACUGGCACCUGGGAUGUUUCAAGUGCAAAGUCUGCAACAAGGUGCUUAACGCCGAGUACAUCAGCAAGGAUGGGAUCCCCUACUGUGAGAUGGACUACCACGCCAUGUUUGGCAUCCAGUGUGAGAGCUGCAAGAAGUACAUCACUGGGAAAGUCCUGGAGGCUGGAGAGAAGCAUUACCACCCCACAUGUGCCCGCUGUGCCCGCUGUGAGCAGAUGUUUGCAGAGGGCGAAGAAAUGUAUCUGCAAGGGUCUUCUAUCUGGCAUCCUCCAUGUAGACAAGCAGCCAAGCAGGAGGAGAAGAGCAAGAAGCAGGUCCGGAUACAGCUCAAUGACGUCCCUGAGCAAGAGGUAACCCGGACUUCAUCUGAGAGCAUCACCUCUGUUCCAGCAUCCAGCGCUUCAGGCUCUCCCAGCAGAGUCAUCUAUGCCAAACUAGGAGAGGAGAUGCUGGACUACAAGGACUUGGCGGCCCUUCCAAAGACUAAGGCCAUUUACAACAUCGACAGGCCUGACAUGCUGUCCUACUCUCCAUAUGUGAGCUACCCAUCUGAGGAGAGGCACUAUGGAGAGUCCCCCCAGCUGCUUUCUCCUACUCCUACUGAGGGUGAUGGGGAAAAGUCACCCCGUCAGCGGAGGCCUUCCAGUCCCAGCUCCAACAGCUCCCUGGGGGGUUACGGACGUUACACACCCUCUCGUUCUCCCCAGAAUUACAGCCGGCCAGGGCCAGACGUAUACCUUGCCAGUAGAUACAGCAGCCAAGCCCGUGACUCCAGUUCUCUUCCUUUGCCCCCAAGCUUCAUGGGUGGCAUUAAGUAUCCCUCCACCUGGGCUAGGGACUCAUCCUCCCUCCCUGUGAACUACCCGGGUGGAGCUGAAGGAAGUGGGGCAGGUGUUGGUAGUGGCAAGUACUCCCCCAUUCCAUCAGGUGGCACUGGAGGCUUGUCUUUACACCUAAACCCCACCACUUUGGCCAUGCUGCAGCAGCACAACUUCAUCCCUUACUUCAGAGGUAGUGAAAGUGGUCGGAGUACCCCCAGCUUAUCCACCUAUUCCGAUGGCAAAUCCCCCUCCUCUACUUCUACAUAUGUGGCUGCUCCUCGCCAUUUCCACAUACCAGAGACUAUGGUCAAAGAUAAUAUCUAUAGAAAACCCCCCAUCUACAGACAGCAUGCUUCUAGAACAUCCUGGCAGGAUGGGGAAGAUAGCAAGAGGACCAGUUGGAUGAUCUUGAAGAGUGAGAUUGAUGGGCAGAUGGGUCCAGAAGACCUGGACCCCCGCAAGUCCACCUGCAGUCUGCCCACUGACACCUCUCAGCCAAAUUUCCCAUACAAUAAGUCUGCAUCCUUACCUGGUUAUGGAAGGAAUGGCAUCUACAAGGCUGCUGAGAUGGUGGAGGAUGAAGUGGACCCAGACUCCCACAGCUGGGGAGGCAUGAGAGAAUACAAGGUCUACCCCUAUGAAAUGCUGGCAGUGACACAUAGAGUGAAAGUGAAGCUUCCCAGAGACGUAGAUCGCACCAGACUGGAGAGACACCUAUCUCCUGAGGACUUCCAGCAGGUUUUCGGCAUGACCCUGGAUCAGUUCGACCGCCUGGCCCUUUGGAAGAGGAAUGACAUGAAGAAGAAGGCACGCCUUUUUUAGACAGCGCCAAAACACCAUCUCAAAAAGGAAGGAAGGAGGCAAUACGAGAAAGAAAGAAAAACAAACAACCCAUUCUGAAAUAUCUAUAUAUGCACCGCCAUGUUACCCCUACUCUCCACCUGUAAAACGCCAUGCCAUCUGCCUGGGAUGCCACGGAGAGGCGCUCUGUGUGGGAACAUUUUCACAACGUUGAGGCAUCAUCUAUAGCUUUUUGUAUGCGAUGUAGUCUGAAUGUUUGACUGACAGCCUCAUGGGGGAGGGGGAGGAGCUGCGUUUGCAUGGCCUGUGUUGAUGCUCCUCGCCUCCCGUGUGGUUUCUGCAUCCGCCCCUCCCAUCCCGACACUUGGAGACAGUACCACCCCUGGCAAAAAAAAAAAAAUAACAGCUUUUUCUAAUUGUCGUGCAGGCCUUCCUCCAGGUUUCUGUGGUUCUGACCGUUUUACAAUAUGUGCGCGCCUUCUUCUACUCAAUAUAGACUUCUCCUGUUUCUAUCUAAGGUUUUACAUCCACAGCUUGUUUUGUUUUAGUGACGGUUUAUCAUCUAGUAUGUGUCGACAUAUCAUUUGGCUGGUUGUGAACGCUCUCUCUGCCUUUAUCUCUCGCUGUCUCUCAGUCAUCUUGAGUCCCCCCGCCCCGCCCAUCACCGAACGACUGUUACAUCGUCCGGACAGUCUCAGUUCAUCUCCACCCCUUACCAUUACUGUAGGACGGUGAAGAGGCUGACCUGUACACACUGACGAUAGAAGUAUUUCACGGCCAAAGACAGGAUUAAGAAACUUCACUCCAGAAACUGUUCAAGCAUUUUUUUUUUUUUUUUUUUUUUUUAAUUUCCCAUCUUGUUCUUUUCGAGCUAGACGACAGGGAAAAGCUAACUGGGUAGUUCAGAUAUGCAUACGUGGCCCCGUGUCUUACACAUAAAUCAGCACAGAUAGGAGAACCAGGGCUGGACGGGGGCCACAAUAUGGAUCUGAAUCACAGGACCGGGGGGGGGUUUAAAAGGAGGAGGCCUGAGGAGGGGCCCCUGAGGGACACACGUAUGAAAGGUUUCAGGGUGUGAAGAUGUCAAAAAAACAUCACCAGAAUGAUAUGCACACACAUUUAAAAAAAGAAAAACAAAUGAAAGUGAAAUUAUUUUUAUAAGCUAUUUUUGACUUCCGGAUAAGGAUCAUUCAACCAAUCAUGAGACGCAGCUGAGAGAAAUCAUGAUUUUGUUACACGAUAAAAACCCAUGCUGACUUUGUUGAGCUUCACAGACCUGCAGCAGCACUUAAGCCUAACAACUGAGGUCUCGCUUGAUUUAAAACUCCUAUAACUGUGUUAUAUCUCCUCAGAUAAAGAUUAAACUCUUUAUAUGUUUGUUGUUUGAAAGCGUCGUCGCGUAAAAGCUACACAUACAUCAGCUCAGCUUGAUUUCUUGACAGUAAAUGGAUCAACUCCUCAGCUGUAUGUGAACUUAUACUGGACAUAUACCAGAUAUAUUUGUCUGUAUACAAGCCAUGGUGUAUAACUCUUCAGGCAUGCAUGAAGAUGGGGAAAAUGGGGGUUUUCCAAUGACCUCAGAUAAGAAAUGUAUGAAACAAUAUCAUCAAUGUGGUUUGAGUGAUUGAUUAUUUUUGGUUGAACUGACAUCAAAUGAAAUGCCCAGGUCAGCUGCUUCCAUUAGCUUGUUUUAGAUAUUUAUUUAAUUGCAAUAUGAAGGAAGGGAUUUUUUUUUCUUUUUUUUUUUUUUUGAGAUCUUAAGGGUGUAGUGUCAAAUGGAUAGCUUCACACAGAAGAGAGCGUUUGAAGAAAACAUAUCAGAUUUUGAGUUUAAUUUCAGUAAAUGUGUCAAACCAGAUUUUACUCCUGUAAGUAACACACUAACUGUUGUCUUCUUUCUAAUAUUCAUCUGCUAUUAAAGUGCUUUAUCAAAACCA